ACUAGAAAAGAAAAAAAACUGUGACGAAGAACAGAACGAAAAAAUGGAAAAGGGAAAAAUAGAAAUGCAACAAUUUGAAACAGUUACAUUUCACUAUCAAAGAGAAGAAAGACCUGCAAUCUUUCAGCUAUUGGAGAAAGUAACUGAAUUGGAUUUGAAUGUUGCGGCACACCCUGGAGAACUGAUACUCAAGUCAGCUAAAGCAAUUCCUGUCCUGAAACACAAUGAUGGUGCAGUAUUGAUUGCUGCCACAGAGUUUGGCAAGGGUCGAAUGGUAGUUUUUGGCCAUGAAGCAUAUCUAAAAGAGCCUAAAAUCAAAAUAUUUAUAUGCAAUUGUGUGAAAUGGCUGAAAUCAAAUCCAGAUGCUGUGGUGGGUAUUCCUAAAUACUAUGAGAGUGUUGCAAGCAUUCUGACAGCCGCUGGUCACAAGGUCAAAGUAUCAGACAAGUUUGACAGAAGUAUGGGAGUGUUCUUCAUCAACGGACAGGAACAAAUCUCACAGCUCUCUGAAAUCACUGAAUUUAUCAAGGGAGGCGGGGGAGUCAUGAUUGGAGCCCAGGCUUGGUAUUGGUGCAGUUGCAAUCCUGGCAAAGAUCCCUUGGCUCACUUUCCUGCAAACAAGUUCACAGGAUUGGCGGAUAUCUAUUUUGGACCAAAUGCCAGACCCCCGGGCUGUUUUACAAUUCACACUACAACAUGUCUUGAGAAGUCAAAAACAUUUAUAAAGCCAUUUGAUAAGAUGCCUGCAAUCUUCCAGCUAUUGGAGAACGUAACUGAAUUGGAUCUGACCAUUGAGGCAGACCCUGGAGAACUGAUAGUCAAGUCAGCUAAGGCAAUUCCUAUCCUGAAAGACGAGGAUGGCACAAUAUUAAUGGCUGCCACAGAAUAUGGCAAGGGUCGAAUGGUAGUUUUUGGCCACGAGUCUUAUCUAAAAGAGCCUAACAUCAAGAAGCUUAUAUGCAAUUGUGUGAAAUGGUUGAAAUCAAAUCCAGAUGCUGUGGUGGGUGUUCCUAAAUACUGUGAGAGUGUUGCAAGCAUUCUGACAGCCGCUGGCCACAAGGUCAAAGUAUCAGACAAGUUUGACAGCAGCAUGGGAGUGUUCUUCAUCAAUGGACAGGAACAAAUCUCACAGCUCCCUGAGAUUACUGAAUUUAUCAAGGGAGGCGGGGGAGUCCUGAUUGGAGCACAGGCUUGGUAUUGGUGUAGUUGCAAUCCUGGCAAAGAUCCCUUGACUCACUUUCCUGCAAAUAAACUCACAGGAUUGGCGAAUAUCUAUUUUGGAUCAAAUUCCAGAGCACGGGGAUUUUUUACAAUUCAAAUGAUAACAUGCCCUGAGAAGUGAGUAUUCUUGGUCACCUU